CGAAGCAAGUUUGCUUCGCCGAAGAGAGAAGUCGAAGUGCACUGAUGCUCAGCUCCUCUGUUCUACAUUGACCCUCCAUCGUGGCCAACCCAAACUGUCUCGUGGAAGGAGCAAGAAACGAUCCUCAAGUGACUGAACCCACUCUGUUUUAAGUUUUGGGUUGCUGUAACUAUCAUGGCCUACGUUUAUCGGCGUAAGCGACGUUGGGAUGACAGGGAUGGCCCGUCCCGUGUUCCAGCAUCGGUUGCGUGGCGGUUGAGGGAAGGUCUUAACUCGAGGCUGCCCGAAACUAUUGCUCAUCAGACUGGGAGGAAGCGACAUUGGGAGGAGAGGGAUGGCCCGUCCUUUGUUCCAGCAUCGGUUGCGUGGCAGUUCAGGGAAGGUCUUAACUCGAGGCGGCCUGAAACUAUUGCUCAUCAGAUUGGGAGGAAUCGACAGUGGGAGGAGAGGGAUGGCCUGUCCCGUGUCCCAGCAUCGUUUGCAUGGCGGUUCAGGGAAGAUCUCAACUGGAGGUGGCCCGAAACUAUUGCUCAUCAGAUUGGGAGGAAUCAAUAUUGGCAGGAGAAAGAUGGCCCAACCCGUGUCACAGCAUCGGUUGCAUGGCGGUUCAGGGAAGACCUCAACUGGAGGUCGCCCGAAACUAUUGCUCAUCAGAUUGGGAGGAAUCAACAUUGGCAGGAGACAGAUGGCCCGUCCCGUGUCCCAGCAUCGGUUGCAUGGCGGUUCAGGGAAGAUCUCAACUGGAGGUCGCCCGAAACUAUUGCUCAUCAGAUUGGGAGGAAUCAACAUUGGCAGGAGAGGGAUGGCCCAUCCUGUGUCCCAGCAUCGGUUGCGUGGCGGUUCAGGGAAGAUCUUAACUCGAGGUCGCCCGAAACUAUUGCUCAUCAGAUUGGGAGGAAUCAACAUUGGGAGGAGAGGGAUGGCCCGUCCCGUGUUCCGGCAUUGGUUCCGUGGCGGUUCAGGAAAGGUAUUAACUCGAGGCUGCCCAAACGUAUUGCUCAUCAGAUUAGGCGGAAUCAACAUUGGGAGGAGAGGGAUGGCCCGUCCAGUGUUCCAGCAUCGGUUCCAUGGCGGUUCAGGAAAGGUAUUGACUCGAGGCUGCCCAAACGUAUUGCUCAUCAGAUUAGGCGGAAUCAACAUUGGGAGGAGAGGGAUGGCCCAUCCCGUGCUCCAGCAUCGGUUGCGCGGCAGUUCAGGAAACGUCUUAACUCGAGGGCACCCAAACCUAUUGCUCAUCAGAGUGGGAGGAUCGAGUAUGCAAGCAAGGCAAUAUCUAGAUGGUUGGCUGUUGGUUUGGAUGAUGACGGAGAUCAUCUUCCUUCUGGUUUCUUUCUCCGGCCAGUCUCUGUUGAGGCCAUUGAAUGGCAACAGGGAGAGAAACCGCUAGCCCUGGCCAAAAGUUGUAUAGUUAAUGAAGAUGAUGAAACGGGCCAGGACCAUAUGAAGAAACCUUGGGUGCAUAUAGCCGAAACUGUGAUGGAAGAUUUAGUUUGUUCAUUCAAAGCUUUGAGGAGUGAGAUUAAGGAUCAGAGCUUGGAUGGAAUAAAACCAACUCUGAUUGCUAGAUUCGGGAAAAUUCUUUUUCGAGGGAGUCGUUCGUUUCCAGUGGAAAAUUGUGGAGAUAUGGUUACAAAGGCCUCAUUGACACGGUUGAAAAAAUCAUUUGACUCAAAUCUUCCUUCUUCUUAUAUGGAAAAUGUGACUCAUAAAGUUAUCCCGGAGAUUGGCCUUAGUUUUGAAGAUGAAAAGGAUAUAUAUCAUGUCAAAUUAUCUGAUGAGUCCAGGCCAGGUGAGACCAUCUGCUGCAAAUGUAGUGUUAUUAAGGAUGAGCAGCGACUUGAACUCUAUAAGGUCGAAUUAGGCCAGAUGCGACACAUGGUUGUCGAUGUAUCAUGCCUCAAUAAGGAUCUGGAUAUGAGGUUGAUGUUACGUGCCAAGAGACUCUUUACGUCUAUUAGCGAAAGUGAAAAGAACAGCAUUACGGAUUUGAUUACUUCUGCAGUUUUAGAUUCCAGUGAAAAGGGGGGUUUAAGAUGGCCUCUGAUGAAGCCAUUUUCUGGGGAUAGAUACAGUGUCGUUGGGGCUUGGCAUACGAUCUCUAAAACUUACAAUAAUGCGUCCAUGAGGCUGAAGGUGAAGCAUGCCGAUCGGUUUGAUUUUACGGACUCCCAUGGGGAAGUUGCUGAAGAAAUUACCCUGAAGUUGAAUGGAAUAACUUCUGAAUUGCAUGGACAGAGUCUGGGAACUGAUUCAAUCUGUGAUAUGCUUAAAGACGCAGUAAAGAUGAUGUGGGAGCACUUCUUAUCUUGUGGAAAUACAGUCAUUUGAAUUGGCCUCUCCUUCUCGUGAGAGAGAGAGAGAGAGAGAGAGAAUGUAAUUGAAAGUCAUGGUGAUCGUAUGAGUUUGUCUUGUGAGAAUGUACGAAUUCCAAACCGAAGAUGUAUAUAAGGGCUAAAAAACGUGGGCCUCAUUCUAUUCUUUCGCCUUGUGGGAAUGAAUUUGAUAUAUCA